AUGAGUACUAACAAAGGAACAAUUGAUAUUGCCUCCACGUCAGGAAGCAAAUCAAAUGAUCAAGCUGUUCUUACUCAUUUUCAAAGACCUCCUGAGAUUCAGGAUUUCAAAUUUAAAUCUCUUGAGGACUUAACAGAACUCCUUGAUAAAAAGCUUUCUAGUUUAAAUAUUAGACCAAUUGAUUUAUCAAAAAAAUUUGCUGAUAAAAUUGAGACUGUUUCUGAUUAUAAAAAUGAAACGUGGUCAGAGUUUAAUAAACUCAAGGGUUUUAUUAAAUCCAAUAGUAGGUAUGCUGACAAACCCAGAAUGCAGACUUACUAUUAUUCCCGUCCUACUCCUCAAGAUGUGUUGAUAGAGGAACGCGAUUGGAAUCAGACCAAUACGCCUUACAGCGGCUUUACUGGCCAACUUCGUGGUUGGUGGGAUAACUAUUUAUCCGUUGAAGAAAAAGUCGUGGUUAUUAAUGUUAUAGCCACUGACGAGGGAGUUGAUAACUUAGGCAUGGCUCUAGUUAAAAAUAGAGAAGAUGUUGUUUAUACCCUUGUUCUUACAAUUCUAGAACAUUUCAAUGGUAGAUUUACUAGUCAGCAUGAGACCGUCCGUACUCUACUAAAUGGGUUUAGAUGUAAAACCCUUAGUGAAUUCAGAUGGUACAAAGAUACCUUUAUGAGUAGGGUUAUGGAAUUACCCAAAAAUAAAUAUGAGCAUUGGGAAGCUAAGUUUAUAGAUGGCCUUCCCUCCUUAUUUGCUAAGAGAGUGAGAAAAGUUUUAAGGGGUAGUUACGAAGAAAUUUCGUAUAAGAAUUAUACCUUAUCUAGACAGCUGAAGAUAGAUAAGGUUAAAGAGAAAUCAAAAUUAGGAGAUUUCUGUGCCCAAUUCGAUUUACCCGGAACUUCCACCCAUAGUAAGAAGAAGAAAAAUAGAUAUCAUAGGCAUCCUAACCCUGAUAGCCCGUAUAAGAAAAAGAGGUCUAGACAUAGAUCUAAGGAAGAGUGUGAUGCUAGAAAAGCUUAUCGUAAAUCUACUAGAUUUGCGAAGAAUAGAUCUAAGCGAGAUCUUGCUGACAUUAAGUGCUAUAAGUGCGGAAAAUUUGGUCAUAUCGGCCCAAAUUGCAAGCUUCAAAAGCUGAAGACCUUAGAACUAGAUGAUGAGUUACGUGAUAAGGUUUAUAGCUUGUUAUACACUUCUGGAUCAGAAUCUGAUUAUAGUUCUAAGACUUAUUCCGAAGCUGAAGUUGAUUUACUUGAUUUAUCUGAUAGUGAUAAAGAUAUUGAUAAUACUUGCACAGCUUGCAAAAAUCAUUUAAAGGAAGUUACUGAUGAAAAACUUCGUGAAAAAAUUAUUAAUUUGGAUGCAAGUUCUUCUAGUAGUUCAAAACCUUUUGAAAAACAAAAGAACGAAUUUGAAUAUUCUACGGCUUAUUCUUUGUCUAAAAUUAAUAAACGUCUUCAUAAGACCAGUACGCCAAGCAGAGAUGCUUCUUUUGAUGACUUAAAGCAAAAGAUUAAAUUGAUUGCUGAACAAAUGGCUGUUGAUAUUUGUGUCGAUCAUCCUAGUGCCUUUUGGAAUCGGAAAAGGCACAUUGUCACUCUUCCUUACGAAGAAAACUUCUCCGAGGAUGAUAUUCCUACUAAAUCUCGACCGUGCCAGAUGAACGUUGAAUUGGUCGAAUUCUGCAAAAAAGAGAUUGAUAGUUUGUUACAAAAGGAAUGGACCCUUCGUAGGCCAGAGGCAGAGGAAAAGGAGGAACAUCACCCUCCUCCUCAGAAAGUUCAUACUCGCAAGGAUUGA